GAAACUCUAUAAUGAUCUAUAAUAUUAUUAUCACAUGACCUCAAGUGAAAGACUGUUUUUUGGGUCGUUAUAGAGAAACAUGGCGGCUCCACCAGUAGGUCGAUACAAAAUAGGACCAAUAACAGAGAAAGACACUCUGGUUGAGUAUGCCAUGACACCACGACACACGGUAAAAACCUUUCAAGUAGGAGAUGCUAUUCAACAUUUAGCACCAGGAUCAGAGGAAAGCAGUAUCUUACCUGACCUGCGGGAGGUUUUACCACUUAUACAGGAGAUGCCGGUUUAUGAGGACGAUGUGUUUAUAAUUGCAUCUGCUAAAACUGGAACGCAUUGGACAUGGGAGAUCGUUAACAUGCUAAUGAAAGGUAAAACAGACUACGAGAAGAUGUCAAAAGCAAGACGACAGCUAGAGUUCCAUUAUCCUGACGAAUUCAAAGACAUGCCGAGACCUCGUGUCUUCAAUACACAUCUACUUUUACAUCAUAUUCCUAAGCAGGCUAUUGAAAAGAAGUGUAAAGUUAUUGUGGUUCAGAGAAACCCAAAAGAUACAGUUGUGUCUUUGUUUUACCACAUGAAGGCUUCUGGGGCGUUUGAUGCUGAAACUACAUUUAGUGAAUUCCUAUCAGCAUGGAUGAACCUAGAAACUGUCACAAACCACAACUGGUUUUAUUAUACCAAGAAACUACAAGAACUGUUAUAUGACCAGACCGAUUUACCCAUACACAACGUGUACUACGAAGAUAUGAAAUCUAACCCAGUUGGUGAGGUUAAGAAAAUCGUGGAGUAUUUAGGUAUAAACAGAGCUGACGACUUUAUACAUCAAGUUGUGGAGAAGUGUUGCUUUGAUAAUCUGAAGAAAGCUGAUGACACCAAAGUUUCUGCUCUUGAAGGAAUUCCGAAGCAAGCAUUUUCAUUUAUGUAUAGAAAAGGAGAAGUCGGAGACUGGAAGAACCAUUUUACUGUCGCAGAUAAUGAAGAAUUUGACAGAAUUUACAACGAAAGAAUGAAAGACAUUAAGUUCACUUACAAAUAUACAUUAUAAACAGUCGAUUAGUCAAUACAACAAUCUCCCAUCGUUCUAAAUGUUUCGAUGUACUUUUUUAAUGCAAUGCAGUAAAAUUUUGACCAAGUAUUGUUUCAUGCGAUGAAACAAAGAAAAAAAGUGUAUGUUUUUGUUUACUGUUGAUUCAUGUUCAAAUUAUAUAUUUUUAUUCAGAAAGGAUUCAAUGUGUACAUGAUGUUUAUUUCACAAAAUGAAAAUAUAAUGACAAACUUGUUUAUGUCGGAGGUAAAUAGUAGACAACUUAUCAAAUAAAAUUGAAAAUGGAAA